GUUCCGCUGUGCUGCCUCCUUUGGGCCUGUCCCGGGCCGAUUUCGCGGCGUCGCUGGCUCGGGCUGCGUUCGCUCAGACUCGGACUCGGGGGGAGCGCAUCGGUUUCUGCGCUGCCGGGUUUGCCUUAGAGGCUGUCUCGCCGGUGUCGUGUAUCAGUUGUCUGGGGAUGUCCUGCGCCUCCUGGCGUGCUUCGCAUGUAGUUGUCUCUCUUGUGAAAAACUAUCCAAACUAUCUGAUUAUAAAUCUAGAUAAGCUCAACUACUGUGCAAGCUUGAAGAACCUUGAAACUGUCUCUGAGAAGGAAAACUACAAAUUUAUCCAGGGAGAUAUUUGUGAACCUGAUUUUAUAAAACAGCUCUUCAAAACUGAGAAGAUAGAUAUCGUCCUUCAUUUUGCAGCCCAAACACAUGUAGAUCUUUCAUUUUGGCAUGCCCUGGAAUUCGCCUACGUGAAUGUUUAUGGCACUAAUGUGCUGGUUGCUGCUGCACAUGAAGCCAAUGUGGAGAAGUUUGUCUAUGUUAGUACAGAUGAAGUAUACGGAGGUAGCACUGAUGAGGAAUUUGAUGAAUCCUCACCAAAACGUCCAACAAAUCCCUAUGCCUCCUCUAAAGCAGCUGCAGAAUGUUUUGUUCAGUCUUACUGGGAAAGGUACCAAUUCCCAGUUGUUAUCACACGGAGCAGUAAUGUCUAUGGACCACAUCAGUAUCCAGAAAAAGUCAUUCCAAAGUUUAUAUCUUUGUUGCAGCAGAACAGAAAAUGCUGUAUCCAUGGUUCUGGACUUCAAAGAAGGAAUUUCCUUUAUGCAGCUGAUGUGGUAGAAGCAUUCCUCACUGUCUUGAAGGAAGGAAAGCCAGGUGAAAUUUAUAACAUUGGAACGAACUUUGAGAUGUCCAUUUCGCAGCUUGCUAAGGAGUUAAUCCAUUUAAUAAAGAAGACCAGUUCAGAAUCUGAAAUGGAGCACUGGAUGGAUUAUGUCAAAGAUAGACCUACCAAUGACCUGAGAUACCCCAUGAAUUCAGAAAAAAUGCACAGCUUAGGAUGGAGACCUAAAGUGCCUUGGAAAGAAGGAAUAAAGAAAACAAUUGAAUGGUACAAAGAAAACUUUCACAACUGGAAGAACUCGGAGAAAGCUUUGGAGCCCUUUCCUGUGGCAGAGCCAUUUGCACAGCUCAGUGGUCCCUAGGGUAGCAGAGAACCUGAAGGAGUUUAUUCUACCUCAUACAGUCUUUCCUUCAAAGCCUGCAAUCAAGUGGUCUCACUGAACUCUUAAUGUAUUCAAGAUACAGGAACCAAGAUAAAUACAGAAGUACAGUAUGGCACAAAUUUGGAAGGGUUGCAGCACUUUAUAAAUAGAAUCUGUUAAUUUCAGCUUUUGGUGCAAUAGGUGUUGAUUGUUUAAAAUCACUAGGUAUUGAUUUUAAAGACGUUUGCAGGGUGAAGAAUAUUUAUAAUGCUAUAAAUUAGUGUAACUGAAGUCGAAUCUGCCUUAGUAAUUUGUGGUUACAGCUUUUGGUACAUUCAGUGAAAAUUCUUUUAGUUCUGGAAUCAUUGAUCUGUAUUAAUUUGUUUUUACACUGUAAUAUAUUAUUUUUGUCACUUUAAA